AUGACAGACGAUCCCUGGGAUGAUUGGGAAACUGCAGCUGAUGCAAAUCUAGAUCCAAAACCAAGAAAGAUUGUAGAUGAACAUAAAACAAACUUAAAGCUAUGGCAAGAAGCAAAUACUUUUACACACCCAGAAAUAAUUCGUACUGAUUCAACAAGAACAGAAUAUGUUCCAGAACUUCAUAUCUUAAAACGUCCUACAAAACCUGGAUCUACAACCACCACUAAUCCAGCUCAUUUAUUAUCAUUAGUUGAUUCAUCAAUUCCUGAUUUUUCAAAAAAGUCUUUGCAAGAACGUGAGACAGAAUAUUUAUUAGCUAGACAAAGGAUCUUUGGCAGUAUUGAUAAUAGCGAUGGUGGUGGUGGUAGCAGUACUACCGGAGAUCAUGUUAACAUUAUUAAUAGUAAUGAUAACAAUCAUGGAAUUAUUAAUGCAGACAUUAAACAGAUAAAAAUAAAGAAAAAAGAAAAAGACAUACAUUACGAAAAACCGAAAAUCAAUCUUAAUAUUAAAAAAAAUCAGUCUUCAUCACAAUCAAAUAUCAUAUCAAGAGAGCCAAAACCACCUCCUGCUAAUGGACAAAACAUUGGAUUUUUCCUUACAGUCAAAAUACUUUAG